CGGCACCGAACGCCCUCUGAAGACAAGGGUGUCCUGGCCCCGGUGUGCGGCAGUGAGGACGCAGGGGCUCACGGCUCGGCGGGCGAGGACACGCAGGCCCCUCUCUGCGGACGUCCCAGACGGCGGUGGGCGGCGUGGCCUGGCGGCCUCCGCGUCGGCAGCGCCAAGGCCUCGCACGAGGAGGCCCCACGCGGCCUUUCCCAGGGGCGGCAGGGCCUCUGCGAGGCCCAGCGCUGCGGUCGACACUCUGCCCGCGAGCCUUGGCGCACCGCGUGCGCGAGCCCUUCCCAGCGCCCUGGCACAGGGCGAUCAAUGCUGCAGCUAAGUGCGCAAGCCGUCACGCCGAUAUCUGCCAGAUCGAUGGGAGCCCACCCCGGGCGGACUGUGAGGUCGGCGGGAGGCCCCAGAAGGGCUUCGCUCAGGGCCUGUGUGGGGCCCCGGCUCCUCCGUCUUCCCCUCGGACGGCCGCAAGGUGCGCUCUGGGCCGGCCCGAGAGGCCUCGCCCUCCAUGUGGGCCGGCGCCAGACCCCGCAGAGUGGCGGGGGCUCCUGGGAAGGCCCCGACGGGGAGCGCGCGGGCGGAGGCGCUCUUCUCUCAGCAGCUCGGGGGCAGCUUCGUGGGUGGCUCCGCCGGGAUGUCCCAUUCUCAGCUAAUGGACAGCCACGGAGCAUGCCGUUUGGUUCAGAAAGGAGUCAUUUUGCACACUCGCCUCAUUUACUCGGCGCUUUAAUCCUCCUAAUUCCACCUGAGAUCGGGGGAGAAUUGAAAAGGAAGGCGAGGAGCACAGGCUGCGGGCCGGGCUUUUGUGGCGCGCGGUCCCCCGGGGCCGCGCCGCGCGGGGCCUCUCCCUGGCUCUCGCCUCUGAGCUGCGUCGGUGGGAAACGUGCGCGGCGAGAUCGAGGGGAAUGGGGCGGUUUGUACCUUUUUAAGGGGUGCUGGCAGUCUUGGAGGAGGACGCCGCGCCGAGCCCACGCUGCCCGGGGUCCCCCCACCCCGGCCAGGCCGCGGCUUGCAGUGGGUGCGCCAGGGCGCAGGGAGCUGGGGGUGUCCGGCGGGCUAAGCUGUGCGGCCCCGACGCCCGGCGGGCGUGCAUGUGCGGUGGGCUUGGAUCCACCGCGCUCGGGGGUCCCGCCGCCGGGGUUCCAGAAGGGGUCCCACCCCCCGCCCUGGCGCCGCGUCCCGCGCGGACUGGGUGUAACUCUCCAGCUCAUUUCUCUCCACGCGAUUUACCAUCUGUGA